GUGGAGGCGCGCCGUGAUUGGCCGCGCGGGCAGUGGCUGGCGGCGCUCAAACUGAGAGGCCCGAGUGACGAGUGUGUCCAGGCGCGGGAGUGUUCGCCUUGCUACGUGAUAACCACCGGGCCCAGCGCCCUGCCACCCUGACAUUACACAGCAGGCCCGGGCGAGGCGUGCCGGCGUGACGUGCGAGGACUGGUGUAGCGGCGCCCCUCUUCUCUGCCCCCGUCACAGCCCAGCAGCCAUGGCACCAUGGUUAGGAAGCUUCCCAAGCAAGACUCGUCUGAGGAAAAUAAGGCGGAUUGAGCAAAUGUACAGUGCCUUUGCAAAAGACAUUGCACUGUUACAGAGGCGCCUUACAGGGAUGAAAAAGAGAGCAAGUUAUCUCUUCUCAGAAGCCCAGCACCACCAGCUGCAGAUGCUGGAACAGAGCUUCAGUAAAAAGGUCCUCAGCAACAACAAAAGGAAUAACUUAAAUGAUGUAUACCUGGACAUCAUGAGCAGGAAGGUGGAGACACAGCAGAUGGUUACCCAGAGUGGAGUCACUAAAUUAAAAAUUGAAGUGAGCCAUGCAGCCGGCUUUACUGACGAACUUCAGCUUUCACCUAUACCUAGCAGACGCAAACGUCGGAAGAUGGAGCAUGAAAUAGAUCUUGAGGAUCAAGUCACACGUGAAAAAGGAGUGUUCAGGCUGUUUCAAGUGGAGGGCACCACUGGAGAUGCUGCCUAUGCCUCCUCAGUUAUGGUCAGAAGAAAUGUUGGCCAGGGUUGUGGAAAAGCAAUGAGCCUGAUCAACUUGAGGAUUGGCACCCAGAGCUCCAUACCUAAACAGAUGCUCACGCCAGUCAGGCUCAACAUGCCAGAAACUGUCUAUUGCUUUACCAAUGACCUCUACUACUAUAAGAUGCUACUGGAGGAGCGCCAAGAGGCACUGGACCAGAUGGAGUCAGACGUGCCAGGUCUGGAGGAGAUCGAACACAGUGAGCCAGUUGUGUUGCGUCUCUUGUGUCAAGGACAACAUGAAGUGGAGGUGAUCUGGGGACUCCAAUGGGAUGAACUGAACUGCAUAUUUAAAUACAACAUUUCACUUAAUUGUGCUGAGGAAGUCGCUACCAGAUACAGCAGGUCUAACCUCUACCGAUACCUGAGUGGACAGCGCAAACUUAAGACACAAGAAGAGGUCAUCAGUUUUGCCGAGAUGUUCUCAGACCUGUAGAGUCGACAACAAAGGAUUCUAUGUUCUUCGCUUACUCAUGGUAAGGGUUAAGUUAAAUAUUAAAUAAGUAUUAACUAGUCAUCCGUGGACUUCUUUGCUAGGUAUAAGUUAAGAAUCUGUAUGGAGUCUACCUCAUACAGCUUUCUAAGGUAAUUGUCUCUUCUUUGGCAACUGCUCACAGUUGUUUAGUAAAAGAGUAAGUGGGAGGAAGAGAGAAUGAAGCCACUAAUGCCUUUAAGGAAGGGAGAUCAGUUACUAGUCAUGCAAGACAAACUUAG